AACAAAUAACCCUUAUCAGUGCUCUAAAGGAGGCACCAGGAUAUGGCAGGUGGUGGCAAGGACUUCCUCUUCCCCUCCCAGAUACUAUCUCCUGAUAGUAUCUGGUGUGUGCCGCCCCAGUCUCCUCUCAUUGCUCCACUUCAGACUGGUUUCAAGACUAUUUGGGAGAAUUCUUCUUCAUCGUCCUCCUCCUCCUCGUCAGUAAAAUCUAACAGUUCCAGUGCCUCGUCUAGAAAAUCAACCCCUUCCUCACUAAGAAGUAACUCCACUGAACUACCCAGAUACUCCCCAGCUGCCAGCCCUGCUCCCGGCCCCCUCAACUGGAAGAGCCCUGUCUCUACACCGGACCUGGUCACUUGUCACGUACAGAGUAUGAAGUACCGAGCAGAGCCCCCCACUCUCCGUGUCAGACCCUCCCCGCUGGAAACUACCUCCCUCAACUUGAACCCUAUAGGGUUAGGGUCCGCGCCGUGUAGGAUGGAGCCUAUUUCUCGCGGAGAGAGCAGCAGAGAGGAGCUGUUUUCUCCGGAUACUCCCAGACAUUCUGUCAGUGGGAUGUCACGUGAUACUCCGAGACAUUCUGUCAGUGGGAUGUCACGUGAUACUCCGAGACAUUCUGUCAGUGGGAUGUCAUCUGUUGAGACUCCGUUAAUGAGUGGGAUAUCACGUGACGAGAAUCAAUCACGUGAUGAGACUGAAUCAGGUGGUGGGAUGUCACGUCACAGCUCUCAGUGUUCUCUCGAAAGUUUACAGUCUUCCCUUUCCGAGUACUGUGGAUCACUUCGACAGCUAGAAGAAUUAGAAGUUGGUCAGGAGUCACUCAAUAACUCCCUCCUUGCACUCACAUCUCACUUUGCCCAGGUACAAUUUCGUCUGAGACAAAUUACCCAAAGUGAGUCAUCUGACAGAGAUGCUUUGUUGCAAGAAUUAGAAAAAUUUGCUUUCACGGGUUGUCAGGACCUACCAAGUUAUGAAGAUGUGCAUGAGUCGAUCUGCAGUACUUUCGAGAGGCGACUGUCGGAGCAGAAGGCUAAGCAUGAGGAGCUUAUAUUUCAGCUGAAGUUUCAGCUUAAAGACCUUGAGCAAUAUGCAAAACAAUCGUCAGAAAUCAAAACCAAUGAGCAAAUAAGAAGACACAAGCUCGUUUUAGAGCAAAUAAAGAACUAUUUAAAGAUCGAUAUCAGUGACCUCUAUAGAUUACCGAGUGAUGAACUACAAGACAAGGUUGAGGAAGCAGUGCAGGACAUGUUAGCGCCAAUUAAAAGUAAGGAGCAGAUGCUCUUCCAGCUAACUACUCAGGUUCAAGAUCUAGAGCGUUUUAUUGAGUUCCUGCAUGGAACUGGCACGACGCCAAACGCGCUGUCGCACGAGAUUCGGCGCUGCACGUGCAACUGUCCGCUGCACGGCGAACCUCACGAAGCACAGAAACUAGCCUCAGUUAAAUCUAAGAAUAUGAGGGCGGACAGUGUCGAGUUUUUGUCGAAGACCUUGCUGAUGUUCCAAGUACUGGUGAUUAACUCCCUGCGUGUUAUCGGGUGCCAGUGGAGAAACCACGACAAAACCCCUACUUAUAUGUGUCACGUGAGGAAACUAGAAGAGUCAGUAGAUAACCUCAUCAGAACCUAUCACAGCUCCACACCUGAAAUUAUACAGGAUUUACUGUUAGAGAUGGUGAGAAGGAAGGUGGCGGUUCCUCUGAGAAUGUUGUUUUCUCACGGACUAAAAUCUCAGAAGAAAGAAAGUCUUGCACUUGUCAGCUGUGCUACUAAAAACAGACAGUUUUCUAAAGGAGUCCAUCCGUGGAACUUGUUCUUAGAAUUCUAUAAGUUACAGCACGGAAAGUCGUUCACGGAGCAGCCUCAAUACCAACUGUCACAAAGUUUCGGGCUGAGAAUACAAAGACAGUCUAUAAACAGCAAGCAGAGUUUGUUGAGUUGUAUCCACAAAGUUAGGGAGUCUCACGAACCCUUUAAACGGAGUAGUGAUGCUAAGUUUAAAGCCCUCAUCGUCCACGGAAUUAAUGACGGAAUGCUGGGUCAGUGGAUAAGAGUUCUAGCGAACAGUGACACACUACAGCAGCAAGUGUACGAACCCUGGAGCUACAUGUCUAAACACGGGUUCAGUGACGCUAUGAUGAUUGUAGAUCGACUGGCUAAUAUAAAGUUCGAUCUACCAACCGACACAGCGCUCAAGAUAUUUCAUGUGCCGGAGAUAACAGAAACUCCGAUAUACUGAUAAGAGCUCAUGAGAUCUAUAACAUGAGAUCUACGAGCUGAUCCGUAACAACUUAUCCAACCAACUGAUCUGAUCUACUAAUCUAAUUCAAUUUGUGAUUUGUUCUUAUCUGUGAUCGGAACUGAACAUUUGAAUUUGAUGGAUCAAUCUGUUAAUUAUAGGUUCCAAUUUAAAUCUUUUACUUGAUUACUUGCAAAUCUAGCUGUUUUCCUUUAUUUUUGGCAUAACCAAAAAUAAAAGGAUAGGUGAAAUUAGAAAUAAAAUUGAUUCCUCUUGCAGGAAUUGAUAUCGAAUAUAUUUAAUGAAAACUUUGAUUUUAUUAGUUAAUUAGAUAUGAAUAAUAGUUGAAAUCAAUACAAUAGUUGAAAUCAAAUUCAAUACAAUAGUUGAGAUCAAUAUAAUAGUUGAAAUCAAUUGAUGAUCACUUAAUUAUAUAUUCUCCGAUCCCUGAUGUUUUGAACGACUUGUGGAUUACGAAACUAAGUGUAACUUCCGCACACCUUAACAGAAAUAUUUAUCUUGUUAACUAAAUAAAUGCGAUGAACGUUUUUUAACAUUUGUAAAAGGAUGUAAUACAAUCUGCGGUGCAGGGAAUAAAUUAAAUUAUAGAUUUACAAACCGCUCAUGAACAUUUGCAUUAAAUUACACGAUUAGUUUUUCAUCUUUGCAAUGUUUCUGAUUCUCUUUUGGCACUAAUUUUGUAGACUUCUUUUUGAUUCGUAUGUUAUGAUGUUUAAGAUCAGGAAAACGGGUAGAUGUUGAAAUAAAAUCUGUACAUAGAGUGUAUUUAGCUUCAUUUUUUACAAAACCACAAAAUAAAA